GGCGGAGUGUAGAGUGGCUGCUGCAGAGGAGGUGACACAAGAAUGGGCAGCCCGGAUCGGAUGCUCAGUGCAUCCCCCAACUGGUACUGCAGUCGUGCCAGUGAUGCAGCCGGUGGGCUCUUUGGGUUCACUGCUCGUAAUUCUGUGUAUUUGAUGCGUAUAAGCCCCCAGGAGCCAGCAUUCUAUGGGGAGCUGGUCGGACAUACAGAGAGGGUCUCUGGCUUUGCCUUCUCCCACUACUCUGGUCAGUCUCACAUCUGUGCCAGCAGCUCUGAUGACGGGACAGUGAAAGUGUGGGACACUGUCACAAAGAGCACUGUGACUGAGCACAAGCUCCAUCGGAACACAAUCUCUGCCCUGCACUGGUCUCCUCUGGUGAAGGACUUGCUGGUGACUGGGGAUGAGAAGGGAAUAGUGGUUUGCUUUUGGAGUAAUCGUAAUGACGGGCAGCAGUUCUUUCCUGAGCCGAGGACCAUCUUCUGCCUUGCCUGCUCUCCGCACCAGGAGGACCUGGUGGCUGUGGGGUACAAGGACGGCAUGAUCGUCCUCAUAGAUAUCAGCCGCAGAGGAGAUGUGGUGCAUCGUCUGCGAGGACAUGAUGAUGAGAUCCACUGCCUGGCAUGGUGCCCGCAUCCCCGAGAGGAAGAGCUGAAUCAAAAGCUUGAGGAUGCACCAGCCGAGCAAAAUACAGCCAACGGAGACCUCCUGCCAGAGACUGAGAACAAGGGCUGCUACCUGGCCUCGGGCAGCAAAGAUCAGACUAUCCGUAUAUGGAAUUCCUCUACAGGAAAAGGUGUUUCCACACUGAAGUUGCCCUAUUUGAAGCGCCGUGGAGGUGGCGUUGAUCCAACCACCAAGGAGCGCCUUUGGCUGACUCUCUACUGGUCACGUGGAAAUCCUACGCAGUUACUGUCCAGUUGUUUUGGAGGGGAGCUGCUCUUGUGGGAUCUGACAAAAUCUGGGAAACAAAAAUGGAGUCUCCUGGGCUCUUCAGAAGGACAAAACCAUACCCGAAUAAUUUUCAAUCUUUGUUCUCUUGUGACCGAAGAAGGGAGGGAACUGCUUCUGUCUACAUCUAUGGACCGAGAUGUGAAAUGUUGGGAUCUGGGCUCCCUUUCAUGCUGCUGGUCAUUGAGUUCUUUGGGUGGCUUUGUGUACAGCCUGGCUUUCUCCCCUGUGGCUGCCGGAUGUCUGGCCGUUGGAGUAGGUGACAGCAUGAUCCGUGUGUGGAACACAAUGUCUGUGGUGAACUCAUAUGAUGUGAAGACACUGUGGCAAAGCAUUAGGUCCAAAGUCACAGCACUUUCCUGGCAUUCCACCAAAGAGGGUAGCCUGGCAUUUGGUACAGAUGACGGCAAGGUUGGAAUUUAUGAUGUCUUCUCCAGCAAGCCUCCACAGAUCUCCAGCACUUACCAUAAAAAGACUGUGUACUCCAUGUGCUGGGGUCCGCCCCUGCCCCCAUUCUCAUUUGGAGCAGAAGGAGAUCGACCUUCAUUCACCCUGUAUAGCUGCGGAGGAGAAGGCAUCAUCUUCCAGCACAAUCCCUGGAAACUUACCCAGGAGGGUCAGGAUAUUAACAAGUUGAUCCGAGACACCAAUAACAUUCAGCACAAGUUGCCUGCACACACUGAAAUGAGCUGGAAACCUGACUCACAGCACUUAGCCAUUGGCAAUGAAGAUGGGAGUAUUGAAAUCUUCCGGGCUCCAAAUCUUCAGUUGAUUUGCACUAUCCAACAACAUCAUAAACUAGUGAAUGCUCUUCGCUGGCAUCAUGACCACAGUGAAGACUCAAACCUAAGCUUUCUCCUGGCAUCAGGAUCCAACAACGCAGUGAUUUACGUGCACAACCUAAAAGGAGCACUGGAAAACUUCACUGAUUCCCCCACCACCGUCACAGAGCCUUAUCGAACCCUGUCUGGGCACACAGCAAAGAUCACAAGUCUAUCAUGGAGUCCUCACCAUGAUGCUAGGCUGGCAUCUGCCAGCUAUGAUGGUACAUCACAGAUUUGGGAUGUUCUACAAGAAGAGCCGCUCAGUAACUAUCGUGGGCACAAGGGAAGGCUUCUGUGUGUCCAGUGGUCUCCAGUAGAACCAGACCACGUGUGGACGGGAGCAGAUGAUUUCUGCUUGCAUAGUUGGCCCUUAUCCAAGCAAGAGCACAGCCGGCCACCCAAAGGAAAGAAAUGUGUUGACAUGGAAAAGAAAAGGCCCUUGCAGCCCAAAGUUAAGGCAAAGAAAAAGAAGAAGAUAGACGGUCUUAAUCAGGACUCUGGGUUUGAUGCAGUUAGAGAAGAGAGUGAAAGUCCUCUCCUUUCAGCACAAAAUGGGACAUCUGAUCAAGAUGAGGAACAGGGCUCUGUAGAAAUGAUGACUGAAGACAAGGCUACACCACAGAAAGUUACAGCUACAACAGAGGCUGACACUGUGCCAGAUUUGCCACCAUCAUUGCCCACAGUGGAGGGACGUAGUCCGAGUCCAACCAUAAAAAGAGUGCCUGUUAAGAAGGAGCAUUUCAAAGAAAAGACAGACACACGUGCGAGGAAGAAAAAGUCUCAGUCUCUCCUCCCUAUUAGUACCAGCAAAGAUCACCGGUCUAAGGAAGAACAACAUAGGGAUUGUGUGAAGCUGGCAGCAGCAGUUUGUGCCCAAGGAGGUGAUGGAUCCCAUACACUGCUGGAAGAUUCUGUGCACCUCGGUCUAUACAGUGAUCGAGCUACUCUUCAUCAACUCAUGGAAGAAGAGGGAAAAUCACAUUUGGAGAGUGGACACCCUGAGCUUCAGCAUCACAUCAUGUUGUGGAAAGGGGACCUAAAGGGGACAUUACAACUGGCUGCAGAGAGAAGAGAGCUCACAGACCAGUUGGUGGCGCUGUCUCCCAUGGCUGGAUACAAGGUUUGGGUUUGGGCAGUUGAAUCUUACGUAAAGCAGCUGUGUUUCCAAGAACAAUACACAAAAGCUGCUUCCCACCUGCUGUCCAUUAACAAAGUAUAUGAAGCCGUUCAACUGCUGAAAGGAAACCAUUUCUACAGGGAAGCCAUUGUUGUAGCUAAAGCACGCCUUCUUUCAGAUGACCCCAUUCUCCGGGAGCUGUACACCAGCUGGGCUGCAGUGCUGGAGCAUGAUGGACACUACGCCAUGGCUGCCAAGUGUUACUUAGGGGCAUCCUCUCCCUAUGAUGCAGCUAAAGUCCUGGCCAGGAAAGGAGACCUGUUGUCUUUAAGCACUGCAGCUGAACUAGCGUUACUAGUGGGAGAGAAGGACCUUGCCGCCUCUUUCGCCCUGCGCUGUGCACAGGAACAUGUCACUGUGAAGAACUGGGUUGGGGCCGAGCAGUGUCUGCAGCCUCAUUCCAGCCUGCUGGGUCAGAGACUGCUACUGUGUACCAACGAACUUCUGUAUAGUCAUAUUGCUGAGAAGACUGCCAUAGAUUGGAAGACACUGGCCACCCCAUGUUUUCAUAAUUGGGCUGGCAGUGACAGUGAGGACACUUUCAUCAGUAAACUCACAGGAGUGUGGCAGAAGGAGUAUGGAGUGUGUACAGCGGAUCAGUACACUGAGGCCUAUCAGCAACUGUGUUCAUCUGAGAGCCCUCCAAGUACUGCUAAUACUACCCCAAGACAGCUGCUCCACCACAUCUCGCAGGAGGUGGCAUUGUCUGCUCUCAGUUACCUCCUGAAGAACUGUGAUGAGGCUGCACCUGCCUUACUUCGCAGCCUCUACAGAUGUCAGCAAGCUGGACACUUCACUUUAAUGCAAGACAUUGCUCGACUGCUGCUUCCACAUGGCUGUGAGGAGCUAAGGAGUAACCUCAAUCCAGACAACAAACACAGUUCUGCUGCUUGUGACAGUCUCCAGGCGUACUUGGCUUAUAUGAAGCUGUAUGAGCUAUGGUGGAGUUGGAACAUAGGCCGGACAUCACAGGAGACCAACAUAGAGACCUGUGUUGGAGUAGAGGAGGACGUCUCAGGGACCGGAAAGGACAUUCCAGAAAACAUGUCUAAUUUCAGGGUGCUAUUUUCAGAACUGCACGCUGGCUUCCAGAAUGCGCAGCGGGAAAUUGCAGAUGUUCAAAGUGCCCUGCGAGAGAUGAUACAGCAGCAUCAGAGGAGCCAGCAGAUCCAAGAUAACUCUCUGGAGCUAGAACAAGACCCUGACACAUCCUCAGUCCCAUCUCCAGAGAAAGGGCUCGACAGCAGGAGCCAGAUCUCUGCCCCAAGUCCAGUCACCCUGGCUGAACUGAUGAAGAAACUUUCCUCUGCAAACCAUAAGUUAGCUGAAUAUCCAGAAUAUUUAAAGGUCUUGCCAUUUCCAGAUGUACUGGAGAGCUGUCUGGUGCUACUUCACUUCCCUUCUGAGUUGACCUCUGAAUUAAAGGCCCAAGCAAUAGGACUCCUACAGAGACACAGCUCAGAGUCACCUGAUCACUACAAAGUGGCCAGAAAGUUCCUCCCAUCCUCAUCAUCAUCCUCCUCAUAAAGGCCAAGACCUACAGCCUAGAUCAGGGCUGUCCUCAGCUUCCAGCUCUGCAAUAACCACCUCACUAGUGCCACUGGCCAACAGCUGCCUUCACUUCUACCAGAAGCUGCAAAUUGCUAUCAUGAAACAGUAUUACACUCACUGGGCUUCUAAUCAACAUGUCUGAGUGGAGGGCAAUCUGUGUCGUC